CGGCUCCGCGGUCGGGCCCGCCCGCUGACGUCACCGUCUAGCCCCGCCUCCUCCAGGGUCCCGGGCCCUUGCGGCGGGGGCUGCCCGGGGGUGGGGGGGGAGUCAGUUGAGGCGGCCGGAGCUCGGCGGAGGGCGGGCCAGGUGACUGGUCCGGGCCAUGCCGAGGAAGAAGCCCUUCAGCGUGAAGCAGAAGAAGAAGCAGCUGCAGGAUAAGCGGGAGCGGAAGCGAGGGCUUCAAGAUGGGCUGCGCUCCAGUUCCAACAGCCGCAGCGGGAGCCGCGAGCGGCGGGAGGAGCAGACCGACACCUCGGACGGGGAAUCUGUGACCCAGCAGAUCCGCAGGCUCAACCAGCAGCCUUCCCUGGGCCUGGGUCAGAGAGGCUACGAUCCAAACCGAUACCGGCUGCAUUUUGAACGGGAUAGUCGGGAAGAGGUGGAGAGAAGAAAGAGAGCAGCCAGAGAACAAAUACUAACUCCCGUCAGUGUGGAAGUGCUGGAGCUGGAUAUCCGAGAAGUCUAUCAGCCUGGCUCAGUCUUGGACUUUCCUCGACGUCCUCCUUGGAACUAUGAGAUGUCCAAAGAACAAUUAAUGAGCCAAGAGGAACGGAGCUUCCAGGAAUAUCUUGGGAAGAUACAUGGAGCUUACACUUCUGAGAAGCUCAGCUACUUUGAACACAACCUGGAGACGUGGAGGCAGCUGUGGCGAGUGUUAGAGAUGUCUGACAUUGUCCUGCUCAUCACUGAUAUUCGACAUCCUGUUGUGAAUUUCCCACCAGCACUUUAUGAGUAUGUGACUGGAGAACUUGGGUUGGCCCUGGUGCUGGUCUUGAACAAGGUGGACCUGGCCCCACCUGCUCUCGUGGUUGCCUGGAAGCAUUAUUUCCACCAACACUAUCCCCAGCUCCACAUCGUCCUUUUCACUUCUUUCCCUCGGGACCCUCGCACUCCGCAAGAGCCUAGUAGUGUCUUGAAGAAGAGUCGGAGGCGGGGAAGAGGAUGGACUCGGGCCCUGGGGCCAGAGCAGUUACUGAGAGCCUGUGAAGCCAUCACUGUGGGGAAAGUGGACUUGAGCAGCUGGCGGGAGAAGAUUGCUCGGGAUGUGGCUGGGGCUACCUGGGGCAAUGGCUCUGGGGAAGAAGAGGAGGAAGAGGAUGGGCCUGCAGUCCUCAUGGAACAGCAGACUGACUUAGCAAUGGAGCCCACUGGCCCGACUCGGGAACGCUUCAAGGAUGGUGUGGUGACCAUCGGCUGUGUGGGUUUCCCCAACGUGGGCAAGUCCUCACUGAUCAAUGGACUGGUGGGCCGGAAGGUUGUCAGCGUCUCCAGAACCCCCGGCCACACCCGAUAUUUUCAGACCUACUUCCUCACUCCCACGGUGAAGCUCUGCGACUGUCCUGGCCUCAUCUUCCCCUCCCUGCUGCCCAGGCAGCUGCAGGUUCUUGCUGGGAUUUACCCCAUCGCCCAGAUUCAAGAGCCCUACACCGCCGUAGGCUAUCUGGCCUCCAGGAUCCCCGUGCAGGCAAUCCUCCACCUCCGCCACCCAGAGGCUGAAGACCCUGCCGCAGAGCACCCCUGGUGUGCCUGGGAUAUCUGUGAAGCCUGGGCAGAGAAACGUGGGUACAAGACAGCCAAAGCAGCACGUAAUGAUGUGUACAGAGCGGCUAACAGCCUCCUUCGGCUGGCAGUGGAUGGUCGCCUCAGCUUGUGUUUCCAUCCCCCCGGUUACAGUGAACAGAAAGGCACCUGGGAGUCUCAUCCAGAGACCACGGAACUGGUGGUUUUACAGGGCAGGGUGGGGCCAGCCGGUGACGAGGAAGAGGAGGAGGAGGAAGAGCUGAGCAGCUCCUGUGAGGAAGAAGGAGAGGAGGACCGAGAUGCGGAUGAGGAAGGAGAAGGGGAUGAAGAUACCCCAACCUCAGCCCCAGGGUCCUGCCUGGCUGCCCGAAACCCUUAUGCCCUGCUGGGUGAGGAUGAGUGCUGAGUCCCCACCUAGGGCCAUCUUUCCUCCCAAUAUCUUUGCUUUUGGACUGAUCUGGAGGCAUCUCCCGUCUGCCACCCUGAUUGUGAAUAAAGAUUGUCUGCUUUGUA